AUGUACUUGCUCCGCUUGGGAGUCACCUGGCUUGUGUCCUUGGCACUCAGUCUCGCCUGCUGCUGCUGGUAUGGAAACCACAGCCAAUUGCAGAUUGCGGCCGCCAUUCUCUGCAGUGUCCUCACGGCCACGUGGGCAGCGGCGGAAGCAUCUUCCUUCUUCUUGCGUCAUCCACCUGCAGAGGGGUAUGAUAUUGCAGCUCAGAAUGAACCUCAUGAGCCUCCUGCAGAACUCGUUGGAGUGGCUGAUCAAGCCUCUGAGGUGAACACUGUGGACUCGGAGAAAGAUGUCGAGAUGGCGGCUUCGACGAAGGGUUCACGCAGCCAGCAAGUUCUCCCCGUAUGGAUCGCUGGCCAAAUAGAGGUUCUGCGAGCAGGGGCUGAGAUGUCUGUGAUCCUGGGGGUCCUGUACCUGUGUGAUCGCACGGAGGUGCUGCCCGAAACAGAGAAAGUUCGCGAUCCGCGACAGUUCUGGGGCGUUUGGGGGCUCAUUGUGGUGGCAGCCCUCUUUACGAUCCGAAAAGGCAAGGAUUCCGCUCCCUUGUCAAGGGAGCAGACAGACGAAUGGAAAGGCUGGAUGCAGAUCAUGUUUCUCAUGUAUCAUUACUUUGAAGAGAAGGAGGUUUACAAUGCGAUCCGCGUGUAUAUCGCUGCAUAUGUUUGGAUGACAGGAUAUGGCAACUUCUUUCUGUACCGCAAGGGAAAGAGCUUCAACAUUAGGCGCACGCUUCAGAUGCUUUUUCGAUUGAACUUUCUCGGCUUCGCUGUGUGCACCGUUUUGCGAAAUGAGUACAUGUUGUAUUAUAUCUGCGCCAUGCACACCAUCUUCACGGUCUUCGUGCUGCUUGCCAUGUACAUUGGGCAUACGCUGAACACCUCUGGAGCGGUCCUUUGGCUAAAGAUCGUGCUGACGUUUGCGUUGACGCUUUUCCUGUAUGACGGACCAGACAUGGUGUUCAGAAUGAUUUUCGGCACCUUGCCUGUGGUAAGACCGUUGUUUGCUUUUCAUGAUCCUCUACAUCCUGAAUUCACCGACGAAAUGCACGAGUUCCACUUCCGAUCGGGCCUCGACCGAUUCAUUUGGAUUGUGGGAAUGAUCUUCGCAUUGCACUAUGAACAAGCUGCUGCCUUUUUGCAGAAGCUGGACAAAGAGCCAUGGCCAAAGAAAGCCGUGAUUCGAUCGGCCCUUGUUCUAGUAUCAGCCUCCGUUGGGAUAGCAUGGUGGUACUUUGUGUUUACCUUACCCAAGCUGGAUUACAACAAGAUACAUCCGUACACGUCUUUCGUGCCAUUGGCGAUUUACCUGGUGCUACGGAAUUUGACGGUAACCUUGCGCGAGUAUCACUUGCAUCUCUUUGCAUACAUGGGGAAGGUAACCUUGGAAACUUACAUCUUUCAGUUCCAUAUCUGGAUGCGAACAACCGGUCUUAAUGGAUCGCCAAAGAAGCUGCUGGUCGUGGUGCCCGGUUUUUUCUGGCCAAAUUUUAUGAUCGUGUCAGGCAUCUACCUGUUCAUUUCGAUCAGGUUCUCGCACCUAACAGGAGUCCUGCGAGAUGAGCUCAUCCCAGAAAGCCUUCAAUCGACGGGCAAAAUCUGGGCCUUCUUGGUGAUCGAGUCCAGCGUCGACACCCAGGUGACUGCCCACAGCCAAACUUGUGAAGGAGACCUCCUCAUCAGUGAUGAGAGUAUGCUGACGGAGUCUCAGCCGUCGGGCGAGCUGGUUAGCGCUGCUUUGGACUCGUGGCAGGUUGUUGAUACCGAAGGCCUGGUUGUGGCCGAGGACGACGUCGUCGACGUACUGCAGACUGGUAGAGGCUCCGUAGAGGCCAAAAUGGAGCGAAUGCUCACGUGGAUGUUGGCUCCCGCAGUGCAUGGCAUUCCUAAACUGGGAGUACUUCCUGCUGAAGAGAGAGCAGCAGAAUUACUGUGUCAGCACGACCGCGAUGUAGAGGCAGCUGUGCGCGAGGUGGUUGCGGGCUCCGAGAGGUCGGUCUCCACCGUUGUGCUGAACUUCUGCUUGGAGAGAAUUCCGGUGCUGGGCUGCCCGACAGUCCUCCUGCGCACAACUUGGGGCAAUCUCCGCAGCAUUCUCAUCGUGGCUGCCAUGUAUGGACACGACCUUGAGUCAGCACGAGUUCAGCAUGAGGCUUUGCUCUGCCUGGUUCCUCCUGGCGAUGACAAGGAUUCGUGCACUGCUGCCCUCAAGCAGCACAACGCAUCGGACCUCAAUCCAGCUACCUUGGUGUCUGCCACAGCUCAGCAGGUGGCGCGCUUCAUGAUCCGGGGCGCGUUGAGACGUGCUACAGGCUUGCAAGCGGCUGUGGACUGCUUCGAGCUGGCAUCGCUCCUGUAUAGCAGCUGUGGAAAUGAUGCCCUGGACGAGGACGGAUUCGUCCAUGUCACCGCCACGCCAGCAUCUGCAGCUCGGGACUUCUUUCGCAAGAAGUCGUUUGCCUCCUGUGCAAUCCUUUGGUGCUCGUUGCCUUUUCUCGUCCUGGGCAUGGCAGCGCCCAACCUCUUCAUGAUUGCAAGGUUCGUGCCCACGCUGAUCGGCUGGCUGUCGGCAGCGCUCGGCAGGUUGCCUCGGGCGUACGUUAGGUCCGCUCCCGCGGUGAUCCUCUUCCUGACCGGCCCUUGCGUGGCAAUGUACCUCCGUCCCAAUGUGCAGUGGCGAAAGCGAGCAAGGACAUCAGGAAUCCUGAGCUUCCUUGGCUACAGCGACGUUGGACGAUGGGAGCGUGCGCGCGAGAAGUUUGAGGAGGCGUGGCCGCAAACCGUCACAACCCUGGUCUUCCUGCUGCAUGCUCUUCUUCCUGCGAUCUCCACCAUGUCUUCCUUGUCGGUGGUGCUCAGUGCACUCAGCCCGGCUGCUGAGCUGCAUGGAUGGCAGGGUUGGGAUCUUCUGAACCGAGUCGCUUGCGCUUCGCUUGGACUGUACAGCCUCUUCUCAGUCAUCCUUCACCAGUUGCAGAGGGAGUAUCCAGAGGACGAGCUGUCGGCAGCCAGUGUCACCGUGCGGGCGAUCGUGCGUGGAGUGCUGGUCAUCCGCGUGGCAUCUCGAGCUGUGUGUUUUCUUGCAGCGUGGCUCUAUCUGCUCCUGAUUAUCGACUUCGCCGUGGAUCAGCUGUGGUUGUGGAGGGAAGGGCUGCAGGGAGUGCAGCAAGGCACACCUCUGGGAAUCCUGGGUCCCAUCGCAUGGCUGCUGGAUGCAGAGCGCUCGCAUCUGUUCGCCAACGAAAAGUCCAUCAUCUUCUGCAUGAACCUGAUCAGUGUUAUUUCGCAGCAACGGUUGGUGGAAGUCCUCUCUCGCCGUGAAGUGCUGCUGCGGCUGAUUGGUGCUGAACGAGUGAUGGCAUCCACAAUCUGCCUCUUGUUGAAGGGCGUGGCAGUGGCAUGCACUCCCUCAAAGAGUGCCAAUCCUAUUGCUGAAUUUCUGGUGCGCGUGGCCCCUCCGCCAGCAUGCUGCGUUGCGAUCGUUGCGUUGCGAGAUCAUGCUCUGCCGCUCGGCAUUGCAGUCGUCGUAGCACCUCGCAUCGCGGCCAUGCUCGGCAGUUCCAGCUGCAUGUUGGUUGGAUUGCUUUGCGGCGCCUACGCUGCCCACGCUGUCCUGUCCGUGUGGUAUUCCUACCGUGGUGACUUAGACUCUGCUGCCCUUCGUCUGGCAAUGCUUGUGCCAGGAGGUGUCUCGAGUCAGGCCAAGGGUCUUCUCCGCGGAGUCUUGGCGGGAGCGCACCGCCGUGCUGUACAGAUGAUGGCCAUGGGCAUCCUGCAGCGAGCCUUCCGCUGGCUCACGCAGCGAUAG